AUGACCGAGAAGAACGACCGUAUUCUGCUGCUUCAUGCUCCGAAAUUGCCGCUGGAAGAGCAAAAAGUCGCUGAGCUCACCGCCGACCUCCACGAUUGGGCUCAUGUAAGAUAUUCAGCUUAAAAAUGUAUAAACUUCUUUUGAAAAUUUAGGCUAACGGGCUCGUAAUGCGACUCGCAGCGGACAAAUUGAGCAGCGAAGUGUGCCAAACGACGCCGUUGACCCUUCUUCCGUCGCCGUUCCCGAAAAAUGUGUUCGAAGAGGCCGUGCGCAUUCAAAAUGUACAUUUUCACAAGUUUACACGUUUUCACUGCAAAAACUAAGCAUAUUCUCUGAAUUUCCACAAGUUUCUUGCAAACAUCUCUCAUUCGAAUGCGCAUUCCCACAUUUUUUCGGAAGAAAAGCAAUUUUCAGCCAAAAAAACUCAAAAAUUUCAUAUUUGCAGCUGUACGCGUCUCUUUACCACACAAUUGCGUACGAGUACGACUUUCUCAUCAAAAUCCAUGAGAAUGUGGUGAAAACCGACGAUUUUACCCGGAAUAUGGUCGAAAUUCUGAAAAAGGUCAAGGAACAAGGUAGGCACUUGCGAAAGAUGAUUUAUUUAUGAUUUCAAACACUGAGAAUCCAACGUUGCAUAAAAAACGUUUCUAACACAAUUUCCACCGAAAAAUCGAGACAUUUCGAUAAAAAAAACAGAAUUUCUCAAAUAGUCCGCAAAGUUGUCGUAAGUUCACGCGCAUUGGUGUUUGCGUUCAAUGGGCCGGACGCUACGACAAACUUUGAAAAUCAUGUGUAAAACAUUGGAUAAAAUGGCAAUCUUCAAGCCGUUUUUUGGCUGAAAACAAGUAAAAGUAACAACAAACGAGACAAAAAAUCAGAUUAUCUCAAUUUUCAGGCCUAAAACAGCCGAUAACGCUGGCGAUCCAACGCUCGGAUUACAUGUGCCACAAAGACAAUUUCUCGAAGGAAUACGAGCUGAAACAGAUUGAAAUCAACAAUAUCGCUUCUUCGAUGGGCGCCCACGCGCAACGCCUGACCGAUUGGCACCGCAGAGUGCUCAGGGCCCUCGAAAUCCCCGAAAAUGUCAUCGAAAAGGCGAUUCCCGAGAAUAAGCCCAUUCCGAUGAUCGCCGAGGCGCUUUUCAAGGCUUGGUACGCAAUUUUUAUCCGAAAAUGAUAAUUUUUAUGAAAAUUUUCAUUUUUCAGGUCGCACUUCUCGAAUCCGACGGCUCUGGUCCUCGUGGUCGUCGAGAAUGUGAAUCAAAAUCAAAUCGAUCAGCGCCACGUGGAAUACGAGCUGGAGAAACUCGGAGUGCCGCUCACCUCGAUCGUCCGCCGAAAUCUGACCCAGUGUCACACGCAGUACGCAUUUUUCGCACUUUUUCGAGGAAAAAUGAAAAUCUUGCACUUUUUCUUCAAAAGUACACCGAAACUUGUUAUUUUGUGCCAAAUUCUGUGAUAAACCGUGUUUUCCUUGCAGACUAUCGCUGAACGAGUCGAACGAUCUGAUUUUGGAGGGACGUCAAGUGGCUAUUGUGUAUUUCCGUGCCGGAUACUCACCCGAUCAUUAUCCCUCCGAGAAAGGUUCGUUUUUUUACUCCUUUCCACAGGAGAUUCAUAUUUUGGAGCCAAAUCGUAUAUUUUGUUAAUGUUUAGGGUUUUGCGCACAUUCUGAGCCAAAAACGCGCAAAACACGUUCUGAUUUAACUUUUCAAGGCUCUAUUCAAAUUUUAUAAUGAAAAUCAACGUUUUGAUUUAGUAGUAAGUACCCAUUUUUGCAGAAUGGGAAGCCCGCGAGCGAAUGGAGCUCUCGACGGCGAUUAAGACGCCGUGGAUCGGACUGCAAGUGGCCAACACCAAAAAGACGCAACAAGUAGGCUUCAUUUAGCACUUUCCCAUCAAAAAUGACAUUUCAGACCGAAUUUUGAUAAAUUUACCAAACAUGUUGUUAUUUCCAGGUGCUUUCCGAAGACGGAGUACUUGAGAGAUUUGUGGGAAAGCCACGUGAGGCACGCGAUAUUCGGGCAUCUUUUGCCGGAAUGUGGGCUCUUGAGAAUAAGGACGAGGUCUCGCAGAAGGUUAUUCAGGUUAGACUUUCUUUAUUUGAGAACAAUUCCAGUUUCUUCGAAAUUUUCAGGGCGCGCAAAAGCAUCCGGAGGCAUUUGUGCUGAAACCGCAAACGGAAGGAGGCGCCGCCCUUCACACGGGCGACGAAAUGGUCAGAAUGCUCAGAGAGCUGCCGGAAGAGCAGCGCGGAGCCUACAUUCUCAUGGAGAAGCUCAGGCCCAUGAUUAUUGAGGUCGGGCGAUUUGUUUUGCAAUUUUUAACGAUUAUCGACUUUUUCAGAACUAUUUGAUUCUGGCGAAGAAGCCGGUGACAUUUGCGAAAUCGGUCAGCGAAUUGGGCGUCUACGGCUACGCGUUCGGCGCUCAGGGAGCUCCGGAGCUCAAAACGGCCGGACAUUUGUUGCGGACGAAGCCGGAAUCGACGGAAAUGGGCGGAGUCGCAGCCGGAAACGCAGUCGUCGAUACUCCCUUCCUCUACGAAUUUAUUUGA